UUCAGCUUAAUCUCCCUAUUGAAAUCCUCCCAUUUCUGCAAAAUUUCAUUCCUCCAAAUCCAAAUCCCAGAAAUCACAAACACUAAUCACACUGCCAUGGGCUGCGCUCCCUCAAAGCUCGACGACCUUCCCCCCGUGGCUCUCUGCCGUGACCGGGUCAAGUACCUCGACCAAGCUCUCCGGCAAGCCCAAGCCCUCGCCGACGCACACGUGGCCUACUCGGAGUGCCUCAGAACACUCGGCCCCUCCCUCACUCGUUUCUUCGAUAUCGGGCUACUUGAACACGACUCAUCUACUUCUCCCACCUCAGCUUCCAUGUCGGGUUCGGGUUCGGGUUCGGGCUCGGGCCACAUCCAAUUCUCCUCCGACUCCGAAACCGAAGACGUCGCCGAUAAACAAUCGGACGAGUCCCGUCCUCUGAGCCACGGCGGGUUGAGCUCAAGCGGCGUCGUUUUGACCUCACAUUUCGCCAAGACCCCUCCGCCGCCGCCGUCUCCGAUCAGCUCGACCUGGGAUUUCCUCAACCUCUUUGACGACAUGUACGAGAAAUAUGAAUCUGUCUAUGCUAUCAAUUCGGAGGCCAUUACUGAUCGCAAUGAGAAAAUCGACGUCUGUGUCAAAAAUGAUGCGCAAAAUGUUGAAGAGGAAGAACAGAAGAGUGAGCCGACGGAGAAGAAGACUCAAUCGGAGAAUUCGAGCACUGAGGAGAGGCUUGAAGUAAAAAAGGGCGUCGUUGAGGCGAUGACGGAGCUUCAGGUUCAGUUUGAGAAAGCUUCCCAGUCUGGCAAUGAAGUUCUGAAGCUGCUGUCUCAUAAUCAUCAUCACAAAAUUAAUUCAGUCCAUCCAGAGUGUGGAUUUGAUCAGGUAGAUUCGGCGAUGAGUUUACAGAGCUUAGCACACACACUGGAGACUCUUUUAUUGUGGGAAAAGAAACUAUAUGAUGAAGUCAAGGCUGAGGAAUUAUUGCGCUUGACGCAUGAGAAGAAGACUAGGAUGCUGGAACAGUUUGAUAAGAAGGGUGGUGACUCCCCAAAGGUUGACACUAUACACAAUUCACUUAGCAGUCUAUUAACGAAAAUGAAAGUGGCAAUUCAGAUUGUUGAUAGAAUUUCAAUUACCAUCAAUAAGUUGAGGGAUGAAGAGUUGUGGCCGCAGAUUAUUGAGCUGAUUAAUAGAUUACUAGCCAUGUGGAAGGCCAUGCUAGAAUGCCACAAGCUCCAGAAUCAAGCAAUUGCAGAAGCCAAGGGCUUAGAUGUCAUUGCAUCCAAAAUCAAGUACUCUAAUGAUGACCAUCUUGAAACUGUAAUUCAACUCAAGAUCGAGCUUCAAAACUGGAGUUUAUGCUUCUCCAAUUGGAUUAUCACGCAAAAAGGCUGUGUAAAAGCACUAAAUAGUUGGCUUCUGAGAUGUCUUCUAUAUGAACCCGAAGAAUCAGAAGAUGGUGCAGUACCCUUUUCUCCUGGUAGAAUGGGAGCACCACCAGUAUUUGUGAUCUGUAACCAGUGGUCCCGAACAAUGGAUCGACUCUCAGAGAAAGAAGUGAUUGAAGCUAUCCAGGGAUUCCAAACUAGUAUAGAUCUUAUUUUGGAACAACAGAAAGUAGAACUCCAGCAAAGGCUGAUUGAAAACAAAGAUCUUGGGAGGAAAGUAAAAUAUUUUGAGGAGCAGCAUCAAAAGAUGCAAAAGGUUAUGCAAGCUGGAAGAGGAAAGAAAUUCGGUCUACUAGGAGAAGAGGUUAGAGCUGUUUUACCUGGAGAGAAACUGCAAGGGCCGAGUAAGGAUGAUAAUAGUUCUCGAAAUGUACAUGGGGAUCUGAAGCAGACACUAGAAGCGAUGGACAAGUUCAUGACAAACUCCAUGGAAACAUACGAAGAGCUUCAUGCACACAUUGAAGUAGUACAGCAUGCUGCUUCUUGAGACGGACCAGUA